CGCAGCAGCGACGCGCCCUGACGUGCCAUGCUGAAGCUGAAGUCCCGGACUCUGCUGCUGGCUCUGACCGCCGUGGCCGCGCUUCUCCUCCCGCCGUCAUGCCGGGGCUGGAGCGACGAGGACCUCCUCCUGCCGCCCAUCAACUCCUCCACCAGGUUCCUGGCCAACUUGGAGGUGGACGUGCGCUUCUCCAAGAGGUCCGCGGAGGAGAGCGGCGACGCGUCUCCCGCGGACUCCGCCGCCUCCCCCGCGCUGCUGCAGACCCUCAGCCCGGCUCCGUCCCAGCAGCAGUGCAACGUGAGCGUGCACAGACUGCAGCCCACCUCCCUGGUGGCUCGCUGGGACAGCGGCUUCGGCUUCCAGUGUGACGUGCUCCUCUACACCACCAACAACCACGGCAGGGCCUUCUUCUCCGCCUCCUUCAACAGAGCCAUCUCCCCGGUUGUCAUCGAGCACCUGGGGGUCACAGCGGGUCAGCAGGAGAUGAGGCUGUGCGUGGGAUGCGGGAUGUCCCGGUACCGGAGGUUCGGCCAGGGCCGCUCCAGGGGAGGGGGGCAGCAGCAGCACAGCGGGGAUCAGGUCUCCUUCUGCUGCGUGGACUUCAGCCUGGACGAGCUGAAGGGGGACAAGAGUUGGGGUUUGAACAGGAAGCCCAUCGAGUCGACGCUUGUGGCUUGUUUCAUGACCCUGGUCAUCAUCGUGUGGAGUGUUGCUGCGCUCAUAUGGCCCGUUCCCAUCAUUGCAGGCUUCCUGCCCAACGGCAUGGAGCAGAGGAGACCCAGAUAA